AUGGCGGUUUGGGGGCUGCUGGGCCGCUUGGGGGCCCGUGUGUGGGGCUGGGGCCCGGGGAGGCCGCUCCGCGCGGCGGCGGCGGCGGCCGCUCCCGCCAGCAGGGGACAGCUGGGCUGUGUGGCCAGGCACGUUAACAGUACAACAUGGUGGAGUGAGCAUCUUUCUGAAGAGAACGUCAAGUUCCUCAAGGAGAUAACUGCAGAAGAGUACAAAGCUCAGACAGCCAGCAAGUUGUGUCCUCUGAAGGAUGAACCAUGGCCAUUGAAUGAGUGGACACCAGGUUCUGUCAGAGUUGGUGUGGUUGCAGUAAAAUUGGGAAUGAUGCCAAUGUGGACCAAAUCAGGAAAGAGACAUGCGGUCACACUACUUAAGGUGCAAGAUUGCCAUGUGUUAAAGUACAUUUCAAAAGAAGAUUCAGAUGGAAAAUCAYCUAGAUUGAUUGUUGGAGGGAAAAAUGGAUCUCCUUUUUCGAGAUCAGAGUCUGAAAUGAAAAUUUUUAGAGAAGCUGGAGUCCCACGGAAACAGAAAGUUACAACAUUUAAUGUAACAGAUGAUGCCAUCAUUAAACCAGGAACACCUUUGUAUGCUGCUCACUUCCGCCCGGGGCAGGUCGUGGAUGUUACUGCAAAAACAAUUGGUAAAGGAUUUCAAGGUGUUAUGAAAAGAUGGGGAUUCAAAGGCCAGCCUGCUACUCACGGCCAAACUAAAACUCACAGGCGUCCUGGAGCAAUAUCUACCAAUAAAGCUUCCAAAGUUUACCGUGGAAAGAAAAUGCCUGGCAGAAUGGGUAACAUUUACAGGACAUCCUUUGGAUUGAAGGUGUGGAGAAUCAACACAAAACAUGAUAUUAUUUAUGUAAAUGGGUCUGUUCCAGGUCACAAAAAUUGUCUGGUGAAGGUGAAAGACACCAAAUUGCCUGGUUACAAGGACUGCAAUAAAAACCCUCCAUUCCCCACAUAUUUUGCUGAUGGAGAUGAAGAAUUACCAGAAGACUUGUAUGACGAGGAAAUUUUCCAGUUCACGGAUCCAUCUGUCACAUAUGCUUAAUGAUCUUGCAAACUUUGAAAACACAUGUUUUGAUGUUGUUUUCUUGAACUUUACAAUGCUGUAUAAGAGUAAACCUAUAAAUUGUGGUCUGGUCAAGUGACCUGGACAUUUUGAUACUGCCAUUUUGGCAAAGUCAUAAGAUCUACCAGUGGCAAUUUCAAAUCUGUGUUAAAACAGAAAGUGAGUUUGAGGGCCAAGUUGUAAAAUGCAUUAAGCGCUUUGUCUUCAGUGAUCUUUUGUCCUUUGCCAUAGGUUGUAAAAUAUUAAACAUUUCUUUGUAGUGAAGAUGGUUCAGUUAAUUUUCUGAAUGCUACAAAACUCUCCUCUUCUGUGGAAAGUAUUCUCGAUAACUUUGAUCAAUCAAAAAAAAAAUUUAAUCUCUUUUGGCAUCUGAGGGAGAUA